GUCAUCUCUGCUCUCGUGCUUAGGAUUUCCAAUUUAUUCUGGUUUGGGUCAAGCACACAGGACCCUUUGGAAUUCUUCGAGUCCACAAGGGCCGAAGCCUGCAUCCCUCUCCCGAAAAGCGGUGGCCACAUCCUUGUGACCGAAGGCAGAAACCCUUGCUCUCGGGAAUCGAAUAGGAAGAGAUCUGGUGGGAGACGCGAGAAAGAGUAGGGAGCGAACGUCGACGAUGCGGAUCUGUGCGAUGAUCCUGCGGCCCACCGCGGCGCGGCUGCUGUGCUCUGUGCUUCUCCUCAUCUCCCUGCUGCCGCCCGGCGCGACGGCGGUGUGGUUGAACCUGCCCGCGUCGGGGACCAAGUGCGUGUCGGAGGAGAUCCAGCCCCACGUCGUCGUGCUCGCCGACUACGCCGUCAUCUCGGAGGACCACACCCGCGGAAUCCCCACUCUCUCCGUUAAGGUGACAUCACCAUAUGGAAACACUCUUCAUCACCAAGAAAAUGCUACUGUAGGUCAGUUUGCAUUCACAACCACAGAGGCUGGCAACUACCUAGCAUGUUUCUGGAUGGAUGGUGGUGAUAAAGGUGUAGGUGCAAGUGUUAGCCUCGACUGGAAGAUUGGUAUUGCAGCAAAGGACUGGGAUUCAGUUGCUAGGAAAGAAAAAAUUGAGGGUGUUGAGCUUGAGCUAAGGAAAUUAGAAGCUGCUGUGGAGGCAAUACAUGAGAACCUGUUAUAUCUCAAGGCCAGGGAAGCAGAAAUGAGAGUAGUGAGUGAGAGAACAAAUGCUAGGGUUGCAUGGUUCAGUAUUAUGUCCCUUGGUGUUUGCAUCGUUGUCUCUGCUUUGCAGUUGUGGCAUCUGAAGAGGUUCUUCCAAAAGAAGAAACUUAUUUAGAUCAGCACCUGAUUUAUGUAUUCUACUGCGCAACAUUACUUUCGGAAAUGAGAGGGAUUGAGAAGAAAGUUGUCAAUUUUUAUGUUACAAGCUUUUCAUAUACAGAAUGGAAACAUCGUUUUGCAUCAUUUUUUUCUGAUACAUAUGUUAAGCAUCACUUUUAGUGGCGUGCUUUGAA